AUGAGUGAAAAGCCUCCCAAAAAAUCUUCAGGAAAAAAAGGUAAAUCAGGUAAAUCAAGCAAAAGAAGAUCAUCUAGAAGUGCAAGCCCAGUUUCAAAGUCACCUAAAUCUCCUAGUUCCCCAAAAUCUCCUAGUUCUCCUAAGUCGCCAAAAUCAAGAUCAAGCAGCCCAGACAGUUUAAAGCGGGCUGAUUCUCCUAAAGCUCGCUCAAUUCCGCAGCCAGAUUCUCACUCUCUCUGCCAAACCCACCUUAAGCCUUACAAAUUCUACUCAGAAACAUUCGAAAGUCCUAUUUGCGAAGACUGUCUCUCCUCUUCUGCUAACAAUAGUGUUCAUUCAAAAAUAAUUCCUCUUGAAGAAGCCCAUCGUUACCGCCUAGCUUCUGUUUACAACACCUUAAAUUCUCAUUUAUUCAAUAAGCGUGACCAAUUACUCAAUCAAAUCCGUAGGGUUGAGUAUCGGCUCGAAGAAAUAAAAAGAGUCAAAGAAAUGAUAGAAAGAGACAUCAAAAGCGAAUUCUCAGCAAUGAAUGAAAGGCUAAACUCAUCAUAUGGCACCAAAGUAGCAAUUUUACAACAUGAUAUAGCAGAACUUAAAGGAGAUUUUGAUAGGAUUAAUAGUAUCAUUACAUCCGUGGAAAGUUCUGGACAAGAUAUCAUAGGGUUUUUGCAACAAGCACCUCAUUUAAGAGAUGCUAUUGAAAUAUCUGUAGUGAAACCGUUUAGGACUGAUAUUGAUGUGUAUCAUGAAAGUUUGCCAAGAGAGCUUGCUGAAAUUAGGCAAAUAAUAGAAAAAUUCCCAGCAUUUAAAGAGCUUGUGGGCUUUAAGGAUGAACUUAUAUGGAAAUUAAUACAUGAAAAAAAUAUAAGUGGAGAUGCCGAUUCAGCAACUCAAAAGGAACUAGCGGAGUGAGCACGGCUUACAGAAAAGUUUUCCCAAGAGCUCGAAAAGUUUAAACUAAAUUGUGAAUACUGCGGAGUUCCUCUGGACGAAGAAACUGUUAACUCCAAUUGUGUAAGAAACUCAUCAUAUAGCUCAAAACCACAAGAAAAUUCAGCAUCUUCUGGAUAUAAUGGUAGUGGUAGGCACUUUUUCUCAAAAAACAAGCCUAAACCUCGUCAAGACCAAAUAUUUACUCCUCCUUCUCCACCUCCUCAAUAUUUUACUCAGAGCCAGCCACCCCCAGAAAGAGACAUAGAUACUACUAUUCGUAUAAUUGGCCAGAUUUCAAGAGAACGAGGGAUUUCCCUUGAAAAUGCCUUUAGAUCUUGUGAUGUUCUAAAUUUAGGAGUUAUCAGCACUACUGACUUUUAUCAAGUUUUAUCAUCACAAUUUGGACUCUCAAGCAACCAAAUAAAUUCUUUAGUUACACAAUAUGACCUAUCCCGAAAUGGAAGAAUUCAAUAUACUGAAUUAAUAAGAGAUACACUGGGUGAAAUUCCGCCUGCUCUUGAUAAACUGAAACUUAAAGCAGGAAGCUUUUUAGAUGCCUGCAGAAAAGCUGAUAUUUUGACUGAAGGAGUUUUAAAGCAAGAUACUUUUAAAGAGAUUCUUAGACAGCAAGGACUAAAUCAGGAAGAAAUCAGGCAGGUAAUUGGGAUCAGCGAUUUGAACACUCAAGGCUUGGUGCAAUAUUUAAACUUUUAUAAUAGAAUAAAAUAA